AUAAGGUGAAGAUGGCGGCACAAUGAAUAACAGCCAUCCUAAAGAGUUUGUUCUACUAGGCUUUGCAGAUCGUCCUUGGCUGGAGCUUCCUCUAUUUGCUAUUCUUCUUAUAACAUACCCCAUGGCCAUGGUAGGAAACACGGCCAUCAUUCUGGUGUCCAGGUUAGAUGCCCGUCUGCACAACCCCAUGUAUUUCUUCCUCACCAACCUCUCCUUCCUGGACAUGUGCUACAACACAAGCAUCGUCCCUCAGAUGCUGUUUAACCUGGGAAGCACCAAGAAGACGAUCAGCUAUGUGGGGUGUGCAGCUCAGCUUUAUUUCUUCCACAUAAUGGGGGGCACAGAAUGUCUGCUUCUGGCUCUUAUGUCUUUUGAUCGCUACCUGGCUAUCUGCAAGCCUCUACACUACACCCUCAUCAUGAACCCACGCAUCUGUAUCCUGCUGGCAUCCACCGUGUGGUUGACUGGAAUCACGUAUGCUGUCUCAGAGGCCACUGCUACCUUGCAGUUACCACUGUGUGGACUCAAUAAAUUGGACCACUUGCUGUGUGAGAUUCCUGUUCUGAUAAAGGCUGCCUGUGGAGAAAAGGCUGCUAAUGAGCUCACACUCUCUGUGGUGUGUAUUUUUAUGUUAGCUGUCCCGCUAGGCUUAAUUCUUGCUUCCUAUGCUUCCAUUGGACAUGCCAUAUUUAAAAUUAAGUCUUCUGAGGGAAGGAAAAAGGCCUUUGGGACAUGUUCUUCCCAUCUCAUUGUAGUUUUCUUGUUUUAUGGUCCAGCCAUUAGCAUGUACCUUCAGCCCCCCUCCUCCAUCUCAAGAGACCAGCCCAAAUUCAUGGCGCUCUUCUAUGGAGUAGUGACCCCUGCGCUGAACCCUUUUAUCUACACCUUGAGGAAUAAGGAUGUGAAGGGGGCAUUAGGCAACCUAGUCAGUGGCAUUUUUGCGUCGAAGUGA